UACCUACAUAUACAUGCAUGCAUAACUUUGGUGGCUUUGUGCUAACGAACGAUUAAGUAAAUUUUACAGAUAAUGUGAGUUAUCUGAUGUGUAUAAUAGCGGUUAUUUGUUAAUACAUAUGUCUUAUUGGAAUCGAAUUGUGUGAGUGAGGAUUUCGAGAUAGCUAUUGUACCUAAUGUUUUGUUUGCGUGAUACAUUAUUAGUAGCUGUAACAAAACACCAGAAAUCCAGAAAUGCGGUUAAUCAUCCUCGACGAUGCCAAGGUGGUGGCGGACUGGGCCGCGAGGUUCGUGCUCCAGCGAAUUUCGGAGUUCAAGCCCGGACCCGGCCGACACUUCGUGCUGGGGCUGCCCACGGGUGGGACACCGCUGGGGAUGUACCGACGACUCAUUGACUUCUAUAAGGAGGGCCGGCUGUCCUUUAAAUACGUCACUACAUUCAACAUGGACGAGUAUGUCGGCUUGCCUCGCGACCACCCCGAGUCGUACCACUACUACAUGUGGAACGAGUUCUUCAAGCACAUCGACAUCGAGCCCGGCAACGCGCAUGUGUUAGAUGGCAACGCGCCAGACCUGGCCGCCGAGUGCCGCCGCUAUGAGGAGCUGAUCGCGGCCGCGGGCGGCGUGCAUCUGUUCAUCGGUGGCAUCGGCCCCGACGGGCACAUCGCGUUCAACGAGCCGGGCUCCUCGCUGGUGUCGCGCACGCGCGUCAAGACUCUGGCCUACGACACGCUCGAAGCCAACAAGCGGUUCUUCGGCGGAGACAUCUCGCAGGUGCCGCGCCAGGCGCUCACGGUCGGCGUGGGCACUGUCAUGGACGCCAAGGAGGUCAUGAUCCUGAUUACGGGCGUGCACAAGGCGCUGGCGCUGUCCCGCGCCGUCGAGGAGGGCGUCAACCACAUGUGGACCGUCUCCGCCUUCCAGCAGCACCCUCAAACGCUGCUCAUAGCUGAUGAAGACGCCACCCUGGAGCUGCGGGUUAAGACAGUCAAGUACUUCAAGGCGCUGAGCGAGGAGCACCAGCGGCUGAUUGCCGAGCUGCCCGUGGACAAGCAGAGCGUGCUGCACUAGCGACCAGCACGCCCGGACCGAGCUUCAACAGAAGCCCCAGCGCCAAGCCUCCGAGCCCCAACAAGGCAGGAGAUCGCCACGAACAGACACAUACAAGGGGCAAAGCAAGACCAAUCCAGAGUUUUAGUAAAUUUUAGUAAUUUCCUCGCUCGCACCAUUCUGUUUGGAUGUGUAAUAUAUGUUAAUCUUUUGUUUGGAUAUGCAAGCAUUAAAUGUUUUUUUUUAAAUGAUACUUGUAAAAUCACACACGUCAUCUGAAUAUUUUAGAUCAGGCCCAUAUGUUACUUAUAAGAUUUAACUAGGGUAGCCUAACCCUUUAACCUAUCUACAAGAUCAAUAUUUUUUUAAUUUUUUACUAUUAAUUAUAAGUCUGUUGGUGAUGGUUAGAUUUUACUCAAAACGAAUAUAAUUAUGUACUUUGUAAUCUAGUCUCAACAUUAAGGGACCAAACAGAUUCACAAAUGGAGAAUGGUUUCAGAGCCUCAUGGAUGUGCACAACAAGCUGAUCGAGGACACGUUCUGACCCGAGGACGGCAGAGGGCCACCAACUGGAACCACCUGUUAGCUUUUAUAAUUUUAUACAACUGUUAGAUAAGAUCAGAAUUGUAAUGAAUAAGCUAUAAAUGAAUAUGUAUAUUUCGAA